AUGUCGUCUACCAACGCCAUCGGCAUUGACCUGGGCACGACGUACUCGUGCGUCGGCGUCUUCAAGAACGACCAGGUGGAAAUCAUCGCGAACGACCAGGGUAACCGCACGACACCGUCGUACGUUGCCUUCACCGAGGCAGAGCGCCUGAUCGGCGAUGCCGCGAAGAACCAGGUGGCCAUGAACCCGAGCAACACCGUGUUUGACGCGAAGCGCAUGAUCGGCCGCAAGUUCGACGAUCCUGACCUUCAGUCGGACAUGAAGCACUGGCCCUUCAAGGUGACCGUCAAGGAUGGCAAGCCGGUCAUCAACGUCGAGUACCAGGGUCAGUCCAAGACCUUCUUCCCAGAGGAGAUCUCGGCUAUGGUGCUGCAGAAGAUGAAGGAGACGGCGGAGGCCUACCUCGGCACGACCGUCAAGGACGCCGUCGUCACCGUCCCGGCGUACUUCAACGACUCGCAGCGCCAGGCGACGAAAGACGCCGGCUCCAUCGCUGGCCUCAACGUGCUGCGCAUCAUCAACGAGCCGACCGCCGCUGCUAUCGCGUACGGCAUGGACCGCAAAGCAGAGAAGGGAGAGAAGAACGUGCUCAUCUUCGACCUUGGCGGCGGCACGUUCGAUGUGACGCUGCUGACGAUCGAGUCCGGCGUGUUCGAGGUGAAGGCGACCGCGGGUGACACGCACCUUGGCGGCGAGGACUUUGACAACCGCCUCGUCGACUACUUCGCCACUGAGCUCAAGAUGCGCUGCGGCAAGGACUGCCGUGGCAACGCCCGCGCCACGCGCCGCCUGCGCACGGCGUGCGAGCGCGUGAAGCGCACGCUGUCCAGCUCCACGACGGCAAACAUCGAGAUUGACGCGCUGUACGAGGGCAACGACUUCUUCUCGAAGAUCACGCGCGCGCGCUUCGAGGAGAUGUGCCGCGAUCAGUUUGAGAAGUGCCUGGAGCCGGUGAAGAAGGUGCUGGCAGAUGCGGAUAUGAAACCGCAGGACGUGGACGACGUCGUCCUCGUCGGUGGAUCGACCCGAAUCCCAAAGAUCCAGCAGAUUGUCUCACAGUUCUUCGGCGGCAAGGAGCUGAACCGCUCCAUCAACCCCGAUGAGGCUGUUGCGUACGGCGCAGCGGUGCAGGCGCACAUUCUCGCCGGCGGUCAUUCCUCCAAGACGGACGGGCUGCUGCUGCUCGACGUGACGCCGCUCUCGCUCGGUGUAGAGACAGCCGGCGGUGUCAUGUCCGUGCUCAUCCCGCGCAACUCGACGAUGCCAGUGCAAAAGACGCAGACGUACUCGAACAACGCCGAUAAUCAGCGUAACGUGGUGAUCAAGGUGUACGAAGGCGAGCGUCCGCUGGUCUCGCAGUGCCAGUGCCUCGGCACCUUCACGCUGACCGACAUCCCACCCAUGCCGCGCGGCAAGGCGCGCAUCAACGUCACCUUCGACGUGAACACGGACGGCAUCCUCAUCGUGAGCGCCGUCGAGGAGUCGGGGGGCCGAAAGGAGGCCAUCACGAUCCAGAACGACACGGGCCGUCUGAGCAAGGAGCAGAUCGAGCGCAUGGUGCGGGAGGCCGAGAAGUUUGCCGAGGAGGACAGGAUGAACAGCGAGCGCGUCGAGGCCCGUAACAUGCUGGAAAACUACACCUUCUCCAUGCGCGCCACCCUGGAUGACCCGGAUGUGCAGAAUGGAAUCACGCACGAGGACCGCCAGAAGAUCCAGACCGCCGUCAACGCUGCCUCCAGCUGGCUCGAGAGCAACCGGGAAGCGACCAAGGAGGCGUACAUGGAGCAGACGAAGCUGAUCGAGGGCAUCGCGCACCCGAUCUUGUCGGAGUUCUACAAAAAGCGUGUCAUGGAGGCUCCACCAAGCGCCGGCCCGAAGGACGGUGCCGACACAGAUGAGGUGCCCCACGCCGAAGACGUUGACUAA